AAGUUGAACGGGUCGCAAGUCAUAACGAGAUAAAAUAUCGCAUACCAGGUAUUGUUGAAGUUCAGCUACAUCCGCGGAGACUACAGUGUUUCGGCGAGUUUUCAACGAGAUGGAACGAAUUAUUUUCAUUAUACUUUUAGCUUGGUGUAUAGGGGGUUCUAGGCAGUCUGAUAGUGACACUGUUGAAUUAGUACAUGUGAUUUUCAGGCACGGCGCUAGAACACCAGCCGCCAUUGACCUUUAUCCCAAUGAUCCUUAUAAAUUGGAUGCUUUUCUGCCUAUGGGCUACGGAGAACUAACAAAUGAGGGUAAAAAACAGGAAUACAAACUAGGCAAGAUGUUGAGAAAGAGGUACAAUACCCUACUGGGUGAAAUAUUCUACACCGACAUGAUUCGUCCUCUCAGUACGGAUUAUUCCAGAACGAAAAUGUCAGCUCAAUUACUCUUAGCCGGACUAUUUCCUCCUGCUCCUUCUCAAACGUGGGAUGAGGAUCUGCCUUGGUUACCUGUUCCUGUUGAGUACGAAAAGUACGAUGAAGAUUACCUGUUGAUAAGGCCAAACAAAUACUGCACUAAAUAUGGUAGAGAAUACAAAGACGUUCUUCAGUCCAACGACUCAAUUUCGUUUCUGAAGCAACAUCAUGAUUCUUUGGAAUAUAUCAGCAAACAUGCCGGCAAGGAAUAUAAAACGGUUGAAGAUGUAUUUGGAAUCUUCCACACUUUAAACGCUGAGUACACAAUGAAUUUGACGUUGCCAGAAUGGACGAAAAGAAUUUUUCCUGGAAUAGUAACAGAGUUUGCCAUUAAAAGAGGCGAACUCGAGAAUUUCACACCUUCUAUGAGAAAACUCAACGGAGGGCGAGUUCUUCAGCAGGUUGUGAAAGACAUGCCU